AUGGUACCACCGAUCGCACAAAACCGAACACUGUUGUCCAACCAUCCGGACAAAGUCCGCAUGCUUGUUCUCGAGACAGAUGAGACACAUCCUGACACUCAAAAAGAGACUGGCUCCUUUGGAGUCGUUCUAGGUGAACUUCUCAAAAAAGCUGGAGAUGAGCACAAACCUAGUCUCGGUAUCGAGACCGCAAUGCAAUACGUGGUCGAGCCAGAAGGUGGUGCGAUACCGAAGCUAGAGGAGAUUGGUGACGACGUACACGCCAUCCUCAUAACAGGAAGUUGCUGGGACGCACACGGUGACGACCCUUGGAUUCUCAAGCUCAUUGAAUUCAUCAAAGACGUCUGGACACAUCGCCCCGACAUCCGUUUCACAGGGAUAUGUUUCGGACACCAAAUUCUUUGCAGAACUCUUGGUGCUACCGUCAAACCACAGAAGGACGGUGAAUGGGAGUUGUCCCAUCAGCCCAUCCAGCUCUCCGACAUUGGCCGCCAUCUUUUCAACCUUCCCGAAACAGAGACCAAGAUCCACCUUCACCAGAUGCAUCUUGAUCACGUCGUUAAUCCUCCUUCCACCGAGACCACCGAUUUGAUACCACAGGACACCAAGGUUCACGUUUGGGGUACCAGCGACCACACUGGCGUUCAGGGUGUAUAUAUCCACAAGAGAUUGUUCACCACGCAAGGUCACAUGGAGUUUGAUGAGGCUCUUGUUAAGAGGCAACUUGAGAUGAGGGUUGAGAGUGGGAGCGUGAGCAAGCAGGAUGCAGACGAGGCUGCCGAGAGAGCGGAUUGGAUGCAUGAUGGUCUUCUUGUCGCAAAAGCAGUGUUGAGGUUCUUCCAUGGCGACGAUGACAUCUACACAUAG